UAAAUAGCAAACUCCAUGUAUCAACUUAAACACCAUCCAUCACAAGUUUGCUAGAGUUUUAAGUAUUUAACUCAUCCUCUUUCUCAUUUAAGAAAAGCACAAGUUUCAGUAAUUGAAAAUGGAGGCUGCUGCGAGUGGAGCAAAGUACGAGUGCCUACUCUUCGAUAUGGACGACACUUUGUACCCUUUGAGUUCGGGAAUCAACUUAGCUUGCCGCAAAAACAUUCAGGAUUACAUGUUGCACCAUCUCAGAAUCGACGAAAGUCAAGUCCCUGAGUUGUGCUUGGAAUUGUACAAAGAGUUUGGCACGACGAUGGCCGGUCUUAAGGCGUUAGGCUUCGAGUUCGACAAUGAUGAAUUUCAUGCUUAUGUUCACGGAAGGCUGCCGUAUGAGACAUUGAAACCUGAUCCAGUGCUGAGAAGUCUGCUACUCUCAAUGCCGCAGAGAAAAAUAAUAUUCACGAAUGCUGAUCAAGCGCAUGCGACGCAAGUUCUUAGCAGGCUCGGAUUAGAGGACUGUUUCGAGGGCGUAAUAUGCUUCGAAACACUCAAUCCGACAGCUCUGCCGAGCUCAGAAGACGACAGAAUCGACUCUUUCACGCAUUUGACUGAUAACAAUCAGGGAUUUCUGAUCAAUAGCGAAACGGACGACUGUUCGAAACCUGCAAAAUUGCCAAUCCUCUGCAAACCUUCCAUUGAAGCUAUCGAAGCCGCCAUUCGUAUCGCAAACAUCGACCCCAGGAAAACAAUCUUCUUCGAUGAUAGUCCACGAAACAUAGCUGCAGGAAAGGCGGCAGGCUUCAAUACAGUCAUUGUCGGGCGAUCGGCUCUUGUCGCGGGGGCGGAUCACGCGUUGGAAAGCAUUCACAACAUAAAGGAAGCACUUCCUGAGAUAUGGGAAGGCCGCGAAGAUCAGUGCGACAGUGCUGUUGCUUCGACAGCCGCAGUCGAAACAUUCGUCCUCGCAUGAAAAAUGUUUCAGAAUAGUAGUAUGUAGAACACCUAACAAUCAUAUAUUGUAGUAACUGUGACUUAUCCACAAUCUAAUGAAGGAAUGUAAAACUAUUUCCUUAAUUUUAAGUUGAGGAAAGAAUAAAUGAUACCAAGAUAUCAAUCUAUGCUUAGCUACUUUUCAGUUGUCUGAAAUGAA